CUCUUCCCUGUUACAUCUCUCUCCCCAUCCUCUCUCUCGAUGGAAGACGCGUGGGUGUACAUUCUCUCUGCAGCAUCCUCCCUCUUCUUCCUUCUCUUCCUGUUCAAAUUGCAGAGAAGCAGCAAGCGGAAUCUCCCGCCGGGCCCGCCUUCGCUCCCCAUCAUCGGCCACCUCCUCCUCGUAAAAGAGCCCGUCCACCGGACCCUCCAGUCCCUCUCCGACCGCUAUGGCCCGGUCCUUUCCCUCUCCUUCGGCUCUCGCCCCGUGGUCGUCGUGUCCUCCCCGUCCGCGGCCGAGGAGUGCUUCACCAGGAACGACAUCGUCCUCGCCAACCGCCCCUGCAUGCUCGCGGGCAAGAUCAUGGCCUACGGCAACACCACCAUCGGCACCGCCCCCUACGGCCCCCACUGGCGCAACCUCCGCCGCCUCACUGCCCUCGAGCUCCUCUCGCCGCAUCGCCUCGCUGGCUCCCUCGCCGUCCGGCGGGAGGAAGUCGGGCUACUCGUGAGGAGCCUCCACGAGGCGGCCGCCUCCGCCCGGGGCGGCGGUUUCGCGAGGGUGGAGAUGAGGUCGAGGCUGCAGGAGCUGUCCUUCAACAUCAUCAUGAGGAUGGUCUCCGGGAAGCGCUACUUCGGAUCCGCCAUCGACGCGGGCGACGCCGAGGUGGCCGGGCGGUUCAGGGAGGUGAUAAAGGAGAUGUUCGAGCUGAGCGGGACGGACCCGGGCGAUUUCUUGCCGGCGCUGAGGAAGGUGGUGGACUUCAAGGGGAGAGAGCGGAGGAUGGUGGAGGCGGCCAAGAGGUCCGAUGCGAUCUUGCAGGGCCUGAUAGACGAGGUCAGGUCGAGAAGGAGGAGGAGCGACGGCGGCAGAGAGGUGGAGAGCAAGACGAUGAUCGAUACCAUGCUUUCGGAGGGCUACUCGGACGACAUCAUCAAAGGCCAUAUCAUGACAAUGUUAAGUGCCGGUACGGACACAUCCGCGGCGACAAUAGAAUGGGCCAUGUCCCUCCUACUCAACCAUCCGGACAUCAUGAAAAAAGCUCGAGCAGAACUAGACGACGUCGUUGGCCGAGACCGUCUAGCUGGCGAAGUAGACAUCCACAAGCUGCCUUGCCUUCAAAACAUCAUCAACGAGGCGCUCCGAUUGUUUCCGCCGGGGCCACUCCUAGUGCCUCACGAGUCUACUGAGGAUUGCACAGUUGGCGGGUUCGACGUGCCUCGAGGCACCAUGAUCUUGGUAAAUGCAUGGGCAAUUCAGAGAGACCCGAAAGUGUGGGACGAUCCCACAAGUUUUAAACCAGAGAGGUGCGAGGGAUUGGAAGGUGAUCAUUCGUACCGGUUGUUGCCGUUUGGGAUGGGGAGGAGGAGUUGUGCCGGUGCUGGCCUAGCCAACAUAGUGGUAAGUUCAGCUCUUGCCGCGCUCAUUCAGUGCUUCGAGUGGGAACGAGUCGGCGAGGAGCCGGUGGACUUGUCGGAGGGGACGGGACUCACGAUGCCCAAGAGAGAGCCAUUGGAGGCUAUGUGCAAAGCGCGUGAAUGCAUGAAUGCUAAUGUUCUUGCACAGCUUUGAGAAGGAAGGUUGUCCUCUAGAGAAUUUAUCUUACUAAUGUAUCUCCAACAUUUUGAAUGAUCAAAUAAACGGAAAUUAGGAGUGACCGCUUCAUUGAGGAAUGAUCGUGAGCAUCAGUGGCAUACUUACGAGGCCUAUGCAGCUUUAGGCCUCUCUCUUAAGGAGAAAAACCCUGGUUUACUUUGACACUAACAACAUUGUUCACUCCUCUCUUCACCUA